CACACACCCACACCCUAGAAAUCAAAGGGUCAGUAGACUAGUAGUCUUUCAUUAGACUUUUUUUUAAAUGAGCAAUUAGCACAUAAAGUACAAAAAAUGUAUACAUUUCGAGUACAGUAGCAUUAAUUGUUUCUUAGUAUCGUUCAGGCACAUUUUCAUAUUGCAAUUGUAUAGAAACGAUACUUGUCUGUUUCGCCGACUACUUUUUGCGUCAGACUUUGAUCAAAUAUUAAGUAAAAAUAAUCUAGUGGCCUUUUUUAAGUACAUAUGAGUUGAUACCAGAUUUACUUAGGUCAAAUAUAAAUUUUUUGAUUCGAACUAUUCCGCUAUUCGAUUCUUUAUUAAAAUCGCAAAUAGAAUCAGUAUCUAAUUCAUCAUCUAACGCAGAAUUCGAAAAAGUUUCACUAACAUCUGAAUCAGUUGUACUACUAGAUGCCAUAAUAAUCAAGAAAAGUUUCGACAUACGAAAACGAGUAAUAAUGAUGUAUAAAGUUGGUUAGUGUCAACAAGUGUUGUUAUCGUAUCUUCUUUAAUACGAGCUUAUCGAAAGAUACCGCCCUAACGCUUACAGAAUAUCACUAGCGAGCUUCAUCAACUUAUCUCUAUACACAAUAGAUGGAAAUACUAAGUGAUCCAUUCACUAAUCUAUUCAAAUGUUGAGCCUGUCUAUAGAUAGACUUUGCCCUCGAAGGUUUAAUAAACAACACCAUACUUAGCAAGUAGUCAGAUGUAUUUCUUGAAAUCAAAAAAGAUCUUUGUUGAAUGAAUUAAAUACAAAUUUCAUUCGUUAAACUAUGAAAACCUAUCACUUAUUUCAAGUUAACUAAAAAUGUUCACUGAAAGAGAAUUGGAUCUGUUUUUUAUGGGUAUUUGUAAAAUACACUCUAAUCCACUUCAAUCACUCAUAAUAAUAAACAACUUUGUGAUUUAUUUUAGCCGUAUCUACCUUGACAUCACUUUUCCCAUUGUUACAGAUCAAAGAUCAAUUGUCAAGGGUCACACCUGAUGGUAAAAUUUAGUGUUAAAUUUAUCCGCUCAAUAUCAGAUUUUUGAAGUAACGCUGCGUAGGUUCAACGGUCUACGAAAAAGACAAACCGAGCUUGUUAGAAAAACCUGAUAUUGGACAUAUAAAUUUAGCGCUAAAUUUUACCAUCAGGUGUGACCCUUGACUAUUGAUCUUUGAUCUGUAACAAUGGGAAAAGUGAUGUCAAGAUAAGUAGAGCUAAAAUAAAUCAUAAAGUUGUUUAUUAUUAUGAGUUAUUCAUUUUCUUGCAAAGUAUUGGCUUAGAGUGGGUUGGAGUGGACCCAUAAUAAUGAUAUUUGAUUCUUUUAUCAAAGAUUGUUUAAAGAAAAUGGCUAAGAAUGGAAUCUUCUGAGUGAAGCAUUUUAAGCUCUAUCAAUUGAUAAUAACUUCGAGUUAAACGACGGUUGAAGUGGAUUAGAGCGUAUUUUACAAAUACUCGCUUUUUUAUUGAUUGUUAGAGAUCUGAUAUGAAAAGAAAAUGGUUGAUAAUAUCAUUCAAGUACUUGGAACUAUGUUCACCCGUCACUAUACAUGUACGUGUCAUUCGGCACCAGAUUGUUAUUGAAAAUCUUUUCGAACGUUAUCAAUCCUUACCAUUUGUUGACUUUUAUCGUAUUUUAGAUACUUCACGAUAGUAGGCAUGACACUAAAUGUACGCGAAUAUCUAUCAAUGGAUGCCAAUGUAGAGAUAGGUGUUCUCAACACCUACCAUUGCUUACACUCGAGGCCAUUUUAAUGUGUUUAAAGGUAAACAUAGCGUUCCUUCUCUUAAAAUUGGUCUUGAACUGACAAUUUGUUAAAAAUUCUCUCCUAUGAACAUGUUGUCAUGUCAACUGACGGUUCAUAAAGCAUUGACUAAAUGACUGCAGUGCUACACAGCAAAAAAAACGAUAUUUUAAGAAUUUGUUUAUAAUGCAGUUGAACCGCUUUUACUCAUUCCAAUGUAUUUUCUAUAUCAAUAUUUUUUCAGAUUAUUGUCAAUUAUGUUAAAAACAAUUCGAAAAACAAGGCUCAUGUAUUCAAUAUUUUGUUUUCUAUUAUUUUUUUGUUUCACAAUUGUUACUAUUAUUAGCUGAAAAUAUUUAAUUCUAAAAAAAUGAAAACAUAAAAUUGCUAAUUUCAAAUGUUGUAAAUGUUGCGAAAAAUCAAAUUAAUAUACUAUACUACUCAAGCUUUAGUAAUAACAAAACAAAAUCGAUUUCUUCAAUAUCAAUAAAGACUUUACUAUUAAAAAUUAAUAAACAUACUUUGAAUUUUACAGAUUCAAAAUUUAAUAAUCAUAAUACAACAUUAGAAACAACUAUUCAAUGUAUUGGCUCAUUAAAUAGUCAAUCUUGUUUGUACCAUAAUUUAUAUUAUGUCGAUGGUUCAUUUAUGGUUUUAGCAGUAAAAGGAAAACGUUUACCUUCAUAUUCUGUACGAACAGAUGCCUUUGUACUAACACCUACAACACCUAGAAAACUUGUUUUUGAUUGAUACUCUCAUCUUGAAAAAUUUAUUCGUAUUUCUAUUCGUCCAAGGAUAUUUUCAUCAGUCACUCUUUAUUUUAGUCAACUUUGGCAUUAUAAUGUUGGUCAUCUCCUUUUUGAUGGACUUUAUCCAGGAUAUGUUGCACUUAUUCGUUUUUCUCCAAAACAUCUUCAUCCUUUUCGAAUACUCGCUGGAUUAAAUGACUGCAAUAAUUGUUGGAGUGAAGAUGUUUAUAGCCGUUUUGGUGGUCUUCGAAUUCUUAAACUAAGUCUUCUAAAUAAAAUGUCAAGAGAAAAAUGGUUUAUGUUUGAAGAACUUGUUAUGAGCAGUGGAACUUUGUGUCAACGUUGUACACAGCCUAAUUUACAAUUACCUGGUGGUGUUGAAUUAGAUGCUUCAAGACUUUUUCGUGAUAGAAUGUAUCAACAACAUGGUCUUGCUCAACCCAUUAUUCGACAAAAUUCGUCAUCUGAAAAACGAACCUCUCGUGAUGUUCUUCAUGCGUAUAUUAUUCAUAAUAAACGUUUUACACGUAAUGAUCGAAAAGAAAUCGAUGCUGCUAUAAAUGAAAUAAAUAAUUACACGAAUUCAUAUUUGAAAAGAACAGCUAAAUUACGAUGGCCACUAGUUAAGGCUUCUUAUCUCUUCUAUGAUCAAGUGAGAGCUCAAAACCGUAGUUCCAUCGAAAUAAAUGCAACAUCAAAUGAUUCUCGAUCAUCAACGCAUGAAUUAUUUGAAAAUAAAUUCAUAGCUCAAUUAAAAAUUUUGCGUCAAAUGGAUAUUCAUAUUACCGGACCAGGUACUGGACAAAUGUAUCAAACAUUUUUAUCAGAUGGAUCUGUAACUAUCAAUCUUGGAGGUAUAAGACCACCAGGAUUAGAAAAUACCGAAAAAGCAUAUACUUCAUAUUUGGAACAAUAUAUGACAAGUGGAACACCUUAUAUUAAAGGUCUUUAUUAUCCAAUUAAUGAAAGAACUAAAGGUAUUAAAAAACAUGAAGUAAUUAAAUUAAUUCGACAAGCAUCGCAACUUAUUUUACAAGGUUUUUCAUUACCAGUCAAUGCUCGAGACAAUCUAGCGCCUGAUGGAAAAUUAUUUGUUGAACUGUGUGAAAAAGAUAAAAAAUUUUGUUCUUUCGUUACGACAAGAGUACCGAAUACAGAUUUUGAUUGUAUACAUUUAUGGGUAGAAGAUAUUAUACAUGAACAUCGUCAAUGGCAAUUAGAAGGCUUUGUUAUUAAUCGACGAAAAGUUAUUUGUCCUUUUAAUCAUUCAUUAGUACAUCAACUAAGAGGAAAAUAUGGAAUUAAACACAACCAGUCCAACCAUUGA